UUCCCUUCUCUCUCUCUCUCUCUCUCUGAUAGCUCUCACUCAGUCUCAGUGAUCGGUUACUCGCUAGUCCACACCCACAAUGUUCCGUAUACCUUCCGACGCCGCCACGCCGACGCCGAUGCAAAUCGACGGCGGAGAAGGGCACGAUCGUCAAAUUACGGGAGAAGAAGCGUCCGAGGAGCAAGGCUAUGGAGAGAAGGGAAAGGAAGAGAAGGAGAAGAAGAAGAAGAAGAAAGAGUUGGGUGAGAGUAACUUGGACGGGCUUUGUUGCUCUAUUUGUAUGGAACCCUGGGCUUCCCAUGGCGAUCACCAAGCCAGUUGUCUUCCUUGUGGACAUGUAUAUGGUAUGUCUUGCAUCAUUAAAUGGAUUCAACAGUGCCAUGGAUAUCCUGCAAAGUGUCCACAAUGCAAUGCAAAAUGUAUUUCAAAGGAUGUCAGAAAGCUUUUUGCGUCACCUGUGGUUGUGCAUAAUGAAGGUCUACAGAAGAAAAUUGAAUCUCUUCAAACUGAAAUCAGGUCUCUCAAGAAUGAGAGAGCUGGUUUGCUUGAUGUUCAAGAUAAGUUACUCGAUGUACAGGAUAAUCUACUGAAUGAAUUGCACCAAGUCAAGAAGAAGCAAGCUGAUUUGGAGAAUGCAACAUUAGGAGGGAUGGGGAGUAAGCCCCUUGGAUUCUUUUCUGCUAAGGAAUCCUGGGGAGAGAAUAACGGACACCACAUUGACUCAAACAUUAGCAAACAGGAAAUUCUUCCCUGCAGCUUUGUACUACAGCAAGAGUUGGCUGUAGAAGGUGCAACACUUUUUGAUAUGGAUGCUUCUUACCAAAUUUUAAUUCUUGCUCGAAGGAUUUCUGGGAUGGGUGGGACACAUAUGCUCAACAAAAUUAACUUGAUCUGUCCUCAUGAAAAUGAAGAUAUACAGCUUCCUAAAAGAAUAAGGGCCAUUAAGGAUCUACGUGUCUCCCCAUGUGGUAGACUCACCCUUUUAGCUUCACUUGGGAAGAAAUUAUCCAUUCUUAGCCAUGGAAGCAAUGAAUUAGUCAUCAAUUAUGAUUUGCAGGACCCGGCAUGGUCAUGCUCAUGGGAUAGUAACAACCCAAGUUAUAUUUAUGCUGGUUUACAGAAUGGUAUGCUUUUGACAUUUGAUAUGCGUCGGACCAGAAAUCCUCUGCAGUGCAUGAUUGGAUUGACCUCCCGGCCCAUUCAUACUAUAUACUCCCUCAUAAACAACCCAGCUUUUGGUCAGGGUGCUCACAAACUGCUCACUGCUUCUUCCAUUGGCCCAUGUGUGUGGAAUACUGGUUGCGCCAGAGAAAGGCCAUUUCUAGUUCCUGGUUUGGAGAAUCAAGGCAUUUGCAUGUCACUUGCUUAUAGCCCCUCAAGUGAUGACAUUGUUGCUUCAUAUCGUCCUAAGAUCCUAGCAUCAAAUGGAGCUACUAGUUCUCAAUCUUCACAGUCAUCCACUGCUCUUAAUACUGUGGGUUCUCAAGUUCUUGUCAAAAGGGUAGCUGGUAACUUUUACAAUAAAUUGGGAUCUACGUCUACCAAUGUAAGUUAUGUUCAGAUGACAAAGUCUACAAUUAUAAACAUAGAGAAUUGCUACCCAAUUUUUGCAUAUGGGGAUGAAGAGACCCACGGAUUGAGGUUGAGGGCAUUGCCAAAUCUAUCUGACAGCCAGAAUCUUAAACCACAUCAACUUCCUAUACUUGACGUGAAGUAUGCACAUUCCCAAGGCUCAGGUUUACUUGGUUGCAUUAGUAAAGAGAAGUUGCAACUUUUCUCUCCAAAGUACAUGUGAAUAGAUGAAUCGAAGUGCUUCCUGGCUUUCUGGUAUACCUUCUGAGCACAAUACACUUAAUGGUGAGUACUGUCCACUUGAGUAUAUGAUGAGUAUAAGUAGGAGGAGAUGGCUGUUAAAUUGUAAAUAGCAUUAUAGAAAAGGAAAGGUAGCACUAUGAUAGCCCGAGGGCAUGUUUUGCCUAGAAGAUGUGAGGUUUUAAUUUGUUAGGUUGUAGACAUGCCCAGUUGCUUAGAUGGUGCAUGCGUUACUUAAAA